AUGGCUCCUGGUAUCAAUAUUGCCACUUGCGCUCCGAGAGUACGAGCAGAGUGCCUAGAUCGGAACGUACGGUCCAGAUCUCACGGCCUGCCUAGCAUCUCCCAGCCGGCUCCUGCCAAAUCCAGCCAAUCGUUAUCCCUGAAGAACGCCGCCGCUCGGGCGCAGUCCCCCAUUCCCGCUCUUUCCUCGCGACGCCUCGAUCAGGACCAAUCAGACGCCGCUACGUUGUCAUCCGUCCGAGCCGCGUCGGCGCUGCAAUCACUCGACGCGCCGCUCGCCGAGAUGCCAGAUGCGCUGCCGCCAGAAGUGCCGUACACUGUAGUUAUGAAAUUCGGCGGCUCGUCGGUGGCGAACGCGGCGCGCAUGAGGGAGGUGGCAGAUCUGAUACUGUCAUUCCCAGAGGAGAAUCCGAUCAUCGUCAUGUCCGCCAUGGGGAAAACGACAAACAACCUGAUCAAGGUGCGGCAUGCUCUGCUGACCGUGUCUCGUCUAGCCGACAGCGACGGCGAAUUCACAGUUCUCGCUAUCUACAUUGCAUCCUACUGGCAGGUGGGCGAGAGGGCGCUGACGUGCGGGUCCGCCAAGUGCGCAGCGAUCGACGAGCUGCGAGUAAUCAGAGAGCUCCACGUGUCCACCAUGGAGGAGCUCGGCGUCGAUUGCGCUGAGGUGCAUGAACUUAUGCACGAGCUGCAGCAGCUAGUAACGGGGAUAGCGCUCAUGCGCGAGCUGACUCCGCGCUCCUCGGAUUACCUCGUGUCGUUCGGCGAGCGCUGCUCCACGCGCAUCUUCGCCGCCUACCUCAACUCCUUGGGUGUGCCGUCCAAGCAGGUACGACGCUGUUCAAGCAGGUAUGACGCAGACCAGACCCUCUCGCCCUUUCUACACGUCUCAAAAGGCGCUGCUCCACGCGCAUCUUCGCCGCCUACCUCAACUCGCUGCGAGUGCCGUCCAAGCAGGUACGACGCGGACCAGCCCCACUCUUCCCCACUCUCCCUCCCUCCCUCCCUUUCUACCUUACUCCCUCCCUCCCUCCGUCCCUUCCUCCGUCCUUCCGUCCCUCCGUCCGUCCGUCCGUCCGUCCGUCCGUCCCUCCGUCCCUCCGUCCCUCCGUCCGUCCCUCCCUCCCUCCCUCCGUCCCUCCGUCCCUCCGUCCCUCCGUCCCUCCGUCCCUCCCUCCCUCCCUCCCUCCCUCCCUCCCUCCCUCCCUCCCUCCCUCCCUCCCUCCCUCCCUCCCUCCCUCCCUCCCUCCCUCCCUCCUCUCCCUCUUCCCUCCCUCCCUCUUUCCCUCCCUCUUUCUCUCCCUCUUCAUUCCACCCCUCUUUCCCUCCCUCCCUCUUUCCCUCCCUUUCUCCCUCACUCCCCGCCUCCCGCCCUCCCUCCCACCCUCUCUCCCACACUCCCCCCAUCCCUCCUCCUCCCUCUCCCUCCCUCUUUCCCUUUUUUCAAAACGCCACGGGUGGCACCACGGACGAGUUCACCAACUUCGACGCGUUCCACAUGGGCGUGAUAACGACGGAUGAGCUCACCAACGCGGGCGUGCUGGGCGAGACCUCUAUUGCUGCUGAGUCACUCCCAAUGUGCCCUCCCUUCGACGCGUUCCACAUGGGAGUGAUCACGACGGACGAGUUCACCAACGCGGACGUGCUGGACGAGACCUACCCCGCCGUGGCGGACUCCCUCCUCUCCGCCUACGAUGCUCACCUGGAAAGUGCUGCUGGCAGUGCGGAUGAGAGCAGCAGGGCGUUCAUUCCGGUGGUCACAGGCUUUCUGGGCCGGGGCAAGAAGACGGGAGCGACGACCACACUGGGCCGCGGAGGCAGCGACCUGACGGCGACCAUCAUAGGGCGAGCGCUGGGGCUGCAGGAGGUGCAGGUGUGGAAGGACGUGGACGGCGUGCUCACCUGCGACCCCAACCUGCACCGCAGCGCCGUGCCCGUGCCCUUCCUCACCUUCGAGGAAGCUUCCGAGCUGGCGUACUUCGGAGCGCAGGUGCUGCAUCCGCAGAGCAUGCGGCCGGCGCGGGAGGGGAAUAUUCCAGUCAGGGUGAAGAACUCGUAUAAUUGCAGCGCUCCCGGGACAUUGAUUACCCAAGAGAGGGAUUUGUCGUCGGCGCUGCUGACCAGUAUUGUGGUGAAGCGUGGGGUUACCCUGCUGGAUCUGGUCAGCCUGAGGAUGCUCGGGCAGUUUGGGUUCCUCGCGAAAGUUUUUGCGAUUUUCGAGGCGCAGGGGAUUUCGGUGGAUGUGGUGGCAACGAGUGAGGUGAGCUUGUCGCUGACGCUUGACCCGGCGAAGCUGUGGUCGCGUGAACUGAUUCAGCAGGAGCUGGAUAAGAUGGUGGAGGAGCUCGAGCAGGUGGCGGUGGUGAAGUUAUUGCAGCGGCGGUCGAUUAUUAGUCUGAUUGGAAACGUGUCACGGUCGUCGGUGAUUCUGGAGAAGGUGUUUGGCGUGUUCAGACGAAACGGGACCAACGUGCAGAUGAUCUCGCAGGGAGCUUCCAAGAAGAUUGCGUACCUUGGCGCAUCGCGUGUUGCCAGCAAUACUUUCGCGCUGUUGACAUCUUGUCCAUACCUAUUCUCCGACAUGGCUGCCGCCUCCGCCGUCUCCGCGGUUUCUACCGUCUUUGCGGUGUCCUGCAUCACUGACGUGGCAACGAAUAAUUCUUUCGUGCGGGCCACCACAUGCAACAGUCCCGCCUUUUCUUCACUAAGCAACAGUCAUCGCGGGCAAAGAAGCGCCGUCCCCCCUGCUGCUUGCCCAGCUCCUUCGGCCCUCUCCGCCUUUGCGCCUGUUAAUCCACGAUCUCUGCGGAAGGCCAGCCACACAAUAGUGACAGCAGCAGCAACCACAGCGGAGGCGCAGACAGAGGAGGUGCCGGUGCCGGUGGUGGUGAUAGACAACCACUCAGAGGCCAAUGCGACCGUUGUGCAGCUGGAGUUUGGUGACCGGCUGGGGGCACUCAUGGACACGAUGGCGGCGCUGCGCAGUCUGGGGCUGAACGUGGUGAAGGGACGCGUGACCACUGCCGGCACCGUUGCUCGCAACACCUUCACCAUCACUCAGGAGGGAGGCAAGGUGGAGAGUGUGGAGAUGAUAGAGGCCAUUCGAGGCACCAUCAUCGCCAACCUCCUCAAGUACCACCCUGAGUCAGGCACGCAGCUGGCCAUGGGCCUCACAUGCGACUCGCCACCAUGCAACGCGAGCGUGCCAACGCGCAUGGCGAUUACGGCCCUCCCCGACAACAGCGGCAGCGAGUUGAGGGUGGAGGCGGCGGACCGGCCGGGGCUGCUUAUGGAGAUCGUGGAUGUGCUGACAGGGAUGUCCGUCAGCGUGACGUCAGCAGAGAUCGACACCGAGGGCGUGGUGGCGAAGGAUGUGUUCACGGUGUCGUACCAUGGGGGGCCACUGGAUGAUGAGAUGACCACGCUCACACUUAACGCCCUCAACUACACUCUCUCCCGGCCAGACAUCGAAGCCGAGGAGAGCUACUAG